CAUCCACUUCCUCAUAUAUCUUCAUGGCGUAAUGCUUAAUUAGUUGAGCACAGGGGCAACUCUUUCAUAGCAGUGCAGUAACCAGAAGUCAGAACAGUAAUGUAUUUUGGCUGUACCACCAUGUAGCCCAGGAGAAAUCUACUUGGCUACAUGAUGUUACAAUGUGUGCUUCUACCAGAUUAUAUAAAGUUACAUCAUGGAGGGAAGUAUUGUCAUAGUCACUGCUGUGAGAAUCCUGAAUCCAUGGGGAGGGUUAAUUUUUUUUUGGAAAAUGAAACUACAAAAAAGUCCAAUUCAAGGAACUUAAGUAUUGUAGUUGAAUAUUGGUUUAUUUAAUGGAUAAUACUGUAUUAUUUAAGUGGGUUAAUAUUAGGCAGUGUUUUGAAUCGUAGGAUUAUAGUUAAUGAUGCAACCAAGGGCCCAUGCCUCUGUUGAGAAUCAUUCCGGUGUCUGGUCUCCAUGUUCACCAGAACAAUAGGCUAGAUAUUGUUACUACCAGAAUAUUUGAUCAAAUAAUAUUUGAACAGAGUUUUGCCUAUCAGACAGUGCGGGAUCGACUUCCUGUUACAAUAACAAAAGUAAUAGACAAUUUAGUAAGGGAUAAGGACCAAAUAGUGCAAGAUCUUGGUGAGUUUACAAAAGAAGAAAUGAAGGAGGUGAUAGGCUCCUUUUCUAAAUUAAAAAAUGAAGUGCAAACCAAUAAGCCAUUUGAAGUGCUUACAUCAGAUGGACCAGAUGUUUCAUCAUGGAACACUUAUUAUGAGAGGGAGAGAGAAAGAGAAGGCGAGAAACCAAGGUGGUUCCACACGUCAUGGCUUUACGCAGAAUGCUAUAUGUACCGCAGGAUACAUGAAGUAUUUGAGCUGAGUACCAGCAUGAAGACGUUUGACCCAUUCAAUAAACAGAAGAAAGAUGCUUUCUUAAACUCACUAGAUCUUAUAGUUUUUCUUGGAAAUCAUGUUAUGCAACUACUGCGGAUGAAGAAUCUGUCACAAUUAGAAAUGAAAGAAGAACUUCUCAGACUAGUGAAGGUGACCUUAUGGGGCAAUCAGCACGAUUUAUCACAUCCCACUGGUUAUAAACUUCCUGAGGAAGCUAAUCCUCUUGAACAUAUUGAUCGUUUAAAUGAGUAUAUUUUAAUUGAUGACUCACACCACAUUUGGUCAACCCUAACGGCUUCUGGUAAAGCCAAUGCUGUCAUUGAUAUUGUCAAUGACAAUGCUGGAUAUGAGAUUUUUACAGAUCUCUGUCUGGCAGAUGUUCUGUGCACAUUCUCUUUGACAGACAAAGUGCGCUUCCAUGUAAAAGCUCUGCCAUGGUUCAUAUCAGACACUACGAAGCAUGAUUUCUUUUGGGUUCUUCAAAAGCUGGCUGACCUUUCAUGUAAGUCUUCAAGUUUGCCAGCACUGGCCACUAGAUGGGAGGAACAUUUACAGUCAGGAAGAUGGGUGGUAGAAGCUGAAGACUUCUGGACUUUGCCUCAUGCUUACAACGAGAUGAAAGCAACAGACAAUAACUUGUACACUAAACUUUCUGAAGCUACACUGGUGAUUUUCAAGGGUGAUCUCAAUUACCGAAAACUUGUAGGUGAAACGAACUGGUUACCCACGGAGAGUUUUACAAAUGCUCUUCAAGGUUUUCAUCCAGCUCCUUUGGUGACUUUACGAACCUUAAAAGCAGAUCUUAUUUGUGGUCUUCAGCCUGGACAAGCUGAAAUGACAGCUGCAAAGUCACAUAACUGGCUCACAAGUGGAGAUUAUGCUGUUAUUCAGUUUGAUGGGUAAUGAGUGUGGUUCCUGGGGAAAAGCAAGAGCUAUACUGUUUGAUGGUUAAUAUCUAUUUAACAUGGUUCAUUAACUUUGUUAAUGUUAUUCCUUUUUACCUAAUUGUCUUUUCACUUUUAUUAAUGCACUAGAAUUGCUAAUAAACCCUUUGAAAAUGUGGUAGAGUUCAGGGAUUUAGGUACAACAGUAACUAAUCAUCAUAUUUGGAAAAAGCGUUUUUUUUAAUUGCUAGUAGGCUGGGACUAAGUCCCUUGUACUGCGGCCACUGUUUGGCCUAUUGUACCAGC